AUGAACACAUCGUCAAAAACUGUGAACCACUUGGACUUGACUGAUGAUUUUGAUUACAAUUUUGUCUGGACUCUUGACAAUGCUAAUAUUUCUACAGAUAACACGCUAUUCUGUUACAGCAGCAUUGAGCUGGAGACUAUCAGGGUUGCAACGAAAGUUUUUGAUAGAUAUGUGGUUCCUGUAAUAUGUGCUUUCGGCAUUGUAGGUGGUGUAAUUUCUUUCCUGAUAUUCGUGGCUACAAAAUUUCGCAACAUGCCAUGUAGCCACUACCUGGCUCUACUUUCUAUUGUCGACACGAUGUUCCUCACGACUCACGCUGUCAACACUUUGAUGAACUACUUCCCCACCUUGGCUUGGUCGACCGGAUGUUGUUUUUUUGUCGUGUACACGUCAUACGUCAGCAGCUUCCUAUCCGCCUGGUUUGUUGUUCUGAUAAUGUUGGAACGUUACAUCAUGAUUUGCCACCCUUUCAAGCAUUACUAUUUGUGCAGCAAGACAACAUCCAUUACUUUAGUCGCAGUGACUGUUGCAUUGGCCUUGAUUGCUUAUUCACAUUGUUUUCUCACGCUGGACAUCUCAAACAAAAAGUCUCUUUGUGUGACAGACCCAAACUAUAUUGAAUUUCUGAGUAUUUUUACUUACGCGGACACUAUUGCUGUUUUUGUGGUGCCUUUCUUCAGCAUCUUGUAUCUUAAUCUAAGGAUUAUAACCGCUGUGAGAAAGCUUAAGAAACGAUUUAAAGUACAGAAUAGGAGUCGUGUACGUGUUGUAAAUCGCAAGAAAAGACCAAACAUAUUAAGCCUUGCAGAGGUACGAUCAACAAAAUUGUUGGUCUGGGUGUCCACUAUCUACAUUUUCUUCUACCUGCCUAGUUAUGUGGUACGUAUAUUUGGAUUGAUCUCCACACACACCACAGGACCUAGGUUGUGUGAACCUUUCUUUCACGGUCUGCAGCAGCUAAGCCAGAUCUUACAUCUUCUCAACUACGCCAUCGAUAUCGUCGUGUACUCGGCUAGUAGCACCAUGUUCAGGAAAACCUUCAUGCAGGUGUAUUCAAAGACAGCUAAUUACCUGCAAUGCAUUAAGUAA